AAAGGUUUUCUUCUCCGUUAUGAUGGGUUCAAUGAAUCUUGGUAUGGCUUCGCCAUAUAUUGAAGCUUUCGGUAUUGCCAAAGGCGCUUGCGCGAAAGUUUUCAAUUUAAUCGAAAAAGAACCUACGAUUAAUCCAAUUAAGGCGAUCGGAAGUAGUUUAAAUCAACCCUUAACUGUUUUGGAAUUCAAGGAUGUCGAUUUUCAUUAUCCUACACGUGAACGGAUGAAAGUAUUGGAUAAGUUAAAUUUAAAAAUCAAACGUGGACAAACAGUCGCUCUUGUCGGACCUUCUGGUUGCGGCAAAUCCACCUGCAUACAAUUGAUACAACGGUUUUACGAUCCUCAAGGCGGUGCCAUCCAUUUUAAUGAUGUAAAUUUAAAAGACAUUAACAUUAACUGGCUGCGAGAACGUAUUGGUGUAGUAGGUCAGGAGCCAAUUUUGUUUGGCACCACCAUUUACGAGAAUAUCCGUUACGGACGUGAGGAUGCGACGCGGGAAGAAAUUGAAGCGGCUGCCCGUGCCGCCAACGCUCUAAUGUUUAUAAAUAAAUUACCGAGAGGUUUAUUUACUAUGGUUGGCGAAAGGGGAGCCCAAUUAUCUGGUGGACAAAAGCAACGCAUCGCCAUCGCUAGAGCUUUAGUUAGAAAUCCGGAGAUUUUACUUUUGGAUGAAGCUACUUUGGCCUUGGAUACAGCCAGUGAGGUAAAAGUGCAGAAAGCUUUAGAAAAGGCUAGGAAAGGCCGUACCACAAUUAUUGUAGCUCAUCGCUUGUCAACCAUACGUCGAGCGGAUUGUAUUGUAGUUAUUUUAAAAGGUCAAGUAGUGGAAACUGGUACUCAUGAUGAAUUAAUGGAUCUGAAGGGACAUUAUUAUAAUUUGGUCACUAGUCAAGUAGGCGAUGUUGAACCCGUCGGCUCUCUAGAUAUGACGAAAGAGAAUGAAUUGUUAAAUAAUGCAUACGACGAAGAUGAGGAGCAAAUAAAAUUUCCGCGAAGAAAUGACGAUGAAGAUGGAACAGAAGCAAAAGAAAACAAGAAAAAAGAGUAUUUAUGGCCGAUUUUGAAAAUGAAUCGCAACGAAUGGCCGCAAAUAAUCUGCGGGUGUUUGACGUCAGUGAUUAUGGGUUCGGCUAUGCCUUUAUUCGCAUUAUUGUUUGGUUCAAUUUUGCAGAUCUUAUCAGUUCGCGAUGAUCCCGAUUAUGUACGAGAUAACACAAACAUCUACAGUUUGUAUUUCGUCUUAAGUGGUAUCGCGGUAGGUGCAGCAACUUUUCUUCAGAUUUAUUCUUUCGGCUUCGCCGGGGAGAAGUUAAUCGAACGUUUGAGGGGUUUUAUGUUUGAGGCAAUACUGAAAAUGGAGAUCGCCUGGUUUGAUAAACCUUCCAAUGGUACUGGUAGUCUGUGCUCACGUUUAUCGGAUGAUGCUGCCGCAGUGCAGGGAGUAAGUACCGUAACAAGAUAACUAACUCUUUAAAUAGUGCUAAAAUCGCGAAGAAAACUUGCGAAGAAAACUUGCGUAUACUUAGCUGAUCAGCUAACAAGCAGAUUAUAAUCCUUUUCCCGCCUUUAACACGUGCCCUAAUGAGCGGUUUUCGCUACAAUUCCUUGAAUGUCAGUAUUCUUUGGUCUUUGACGCUUCACCAUUUCCUUAGUGCAGCGAACUAAACUCAUUGUUCAUUGAGUAUUUUUAUAUUGCUUAAAUGCUCGUGAACUGACUAUGAUAUGUUUACACGAAGGUGCCUGGACGAAUUUUCUUCCCAAGCCUGAAAUGUGCUUACUAAUGAACUUAGUUUCUUGCAUUCAUCUUAGAAAAUAUAUUUUCAUAGACUAUUUUUCAAACUACGAACAAGUACAUACCUUUAUGUGGAUCAUCAAAGAAUAGUGGGGCACAGAACAUCUAAAAAAAUUUCGGUACAGUUAAUAUUUUCGCUUUACAUUGCUUUCGUGAUCUAAGUUUCAUCAUGAAGCACUGGAAAUUAGACAUUUUUGCCAUAUGAACUUCACCUUUCGUUAUAUGAGAGAGGGUUGAAAAAUUGCC